AUGAGCUUACUGGCUGUGAAUACGGUCGAUCGGCUGGAUCGGCCUAGCGCCUACUAUGUAGGCAAGAACAAGCGUCGCAGACAUAAUGACAGGGAGGAAGAGGAGCGGGAGAGGGUAGAUCCUAUGGCGAAGCUGCACCAUGCGACUACACUCUACGUUGGCAAUUUGUAUGUUCUGAAUGGAAUCCUGAGCCCGGCAGUGGACAAACCUCUGACGCAUCCUAGGUCCUUUUAUACAACCGAGGAACAGAUCCAUGAGCUUUUCGCCAAGUGCGGCGAGAUCAAGCGACUGGUAAUGGGCCUCGAUCGGUUCAACAAGACGCCCUGCGGAUUCUGCUUCGUCGAAUACUACACACACCAGGAUGCGCUGGAUUGUCUGAAGUAUGUUGGAGGCACCAAGUUAGAUGAGCGAAUUAUCCGAACCGAUUUGGAUCCCGGAUUUGAGGAGGGCCGGCAGUAUGGACGCGGUAAAUCCGGUGGUCAAGUUCGCGACGAGUACCGCGAAGAAUACGAUCCUGGCCGUGGUGGAUAUGGCCGCGCGUAUGAUGAGCAGCGCCAGCGAGAGGAGGAACAGUAUGGCGAGGGGAGGUAA